AGCCGCCUUGCUCGGCUCGAGGGCGCUCGGAGGCCACUGGGGGCGUCGGCGCUUGUCUUUGUAGCGUUAAGUCGGGCACGUCCCUUCACAGGAGAAAGAUCCAAACACAUUUUCUUGAGAAAACAGGAUUUUUUAGUUUUCGUCCAAAAUCCGCCUGUGGGAGGACACGCCCGACCUAAUUCUAUCGCUCCGCGCCGGGCCGCCGUGGACUGCGCGAUGCAGAACAGGCAGGAGCAGAUCGAGAAGGCCCAGCGGCUCCAGGACUCCAUCAUGCAGAUGAUGGACACCGCGGACAAGCUGCAGGCGGAGCUCAAGGGGCUGGCGGCUCGGAAGACCGAGGCCGAGACGGAGCUCAACCAGCUCGGCGGCCGCAUGCGCGAGAUCCAGGCCGUCCUGCCGCAGAAGCUGCAGACGCUCCACCAGCUGGAGCAGCAGAGGCAGGCGAAGGAGGCGCAGUACAUGCAGCUGCUGGAGGCGCAGUCCACCCUGGUGCAGGUCACGAGGCACCGGUGAGCCGCCCGAGGCGGUCGUCGCCUCGUGGGCGCGCGCGGGGCGCGCGGCGCGCGGCGCGCGGCGCGUGCGCGCGGCGGGGCCCUCGGCGCCUGCAGGCAGCACUCCCGCCGAGCAACGCCUCGCCUGCGCGCGCGCACGAGUGAUCCUUCGCCGGAGUGGCCUCUGGUGGUGACCUUUUGGGGCAUCGAGAGGGGCAGCCUCGGACUGGGGCGGCUCGGGGAUCUCUCUCUCUGAGGGCCGGCGGUCCCGGGGGACGCGUCGGGCGCCGCGGCCUUCUCGGAGCGCUCCAGGGCGCUCUGAGAGCGUGCUGGCACGGGGCCGCUCGGGGGCUGCCUGCGAUGCGGCAGGAGUCGCCUGCGCGCUCGGGUGCUUGCCCUCCCCCCCCCCCUGCCAGCUCCGCGCCUCCCCCCCCACUUGUCAGCGAGCGAAGA